CUGGAGGAAGCAGAGCUUACUUUCACUUUCAGUUAGCACAACAGGGAUGUCCGCGUUUACAUUCAGAUUUCGAGAGAGAGCUGUCGAUGGUCCCUCUGUUUCUCCUCUUAGAAAACAGCAUAACAGAGUAAUGUUGCAGUUCAGCCUUCUCCUUUUGCUUUCCCUCGUCCCUCCUCUUGAGGCCAAGGAUACUGGAAACACUACAUUUACCAGUUUGCCAUUCAAGAUGAGACUGCCAGACAGUGUUAGGCCACUUCACUACGACCUCCUGAUCCAUCCAAACCUGACUUUCCUCAACUUCACUGGAAGCGUACAGAUCCAGUUGGAGGUCCAGCAGGAAACCAAACACAUCUUUCUUAACAGCAAGAACCUCCACAUCUCCAAAGCACUUCUUUUAGGAUCCAGGCAUCCCCAUCUCCUUCAGCUCCAAGAGUCUGAAUAUUUUGAGCAGAUUGCGGUCUCUUCUGAAAGUCUGAUGUUUACUAGGGGACUACAUGUAAUACAGUUGGAUUUCUCAGCUAACCUCUCUGACACUUUCCAUGGCUUUUAUAAAGGGACGUACACCACACGCAGUGGGGAAAUCAGGGCAUUGGCAUCCACCCAGUUUGAGCCCACGCAUGCUCGAGCUGCGUUCCCCUGCUUUGAUGAACCGGCUUUUAAAGCCAACUUCUCUAUUCGUGUUCGCCGAGAGCCAAGGCACAUUUCUAUUUCCAAUAUGCCUAAGCUGAAAACCGUGGAGCUUGCAGGUGGCUUAUUGGAGGAUCACUAUGAUGUGACUGUGAAGAUGAGCACUUAUCUAGUGGCCUUCAUAGUCUGUGACUUCCUUUCCAUCAGUAAGAGAAGCCAGCAUGGAGUUGAGAUAUCAGUGUAUACAGUUCCAGAGAAGAUCAGUCAGGCGGAAUAUGCCCUCAACACAGCAGUUACGCUGCUUGACUUUUAUGAUGAUUACUUUGACAUCCCCUAUCCACUUCCCAAACAAGAUCUUGCAGCAAUCCCAGAUUUUCAGUCAGGUGCUAUGGAGAACUGGGGCUUGACCACGUACAGAGAGUCAGGGCUGCUCUUUGAUCCUGAACGGUCUUCCACCUCUGACAAACUGGGCAUCACCAAGGUCAUUGCCCAUGAGCUUGCCCAUCAGUGGUUUGGUAACCUGGUGACGAUGCAGUGGUGGAAUGACCUGUGGUUAAAUGAGGGCUUUGCCAAGUUCAUGGAGUUUGUCUCUGUGAAUAUUACCUAUCCCGAGCUACAAGUGAAUGACUAUUUCUUGGAGAAGUGUUUCACAGCCAUGGGGGUGGAUUCUUUGAGCUCAUCCCAUCCCAUCUCUACCCCUGUGGAGAAUCCGGCUCAAAUUAGGGAAAUGUUUGAUGAUGUGUCCUAUCAGAAGGGAGCCUGUGUUUUGAACAUGCUGAGAGAUUUCCUGAGCCCAGAAGCCUUUAAGAUGGGUAUUAUACGCUACCUGAAGAAUCACAGCUACCAGAACACUGUAAAUGCUGAUCUCUGGUACAGUCUGACAAACAUCUGUCAGUCAGAUGAUUUAGACUCUGGAAGACUCAAAGCAGAUGGAUUCUGUUCAGACAGCAAGUCCAGAAUGUCUGCCUCUAAAUGGUAUAUGGACGACGACCUGAACGUGAAGGCUAUCAUGGAUACCUGGACACUGCAGGAGGGUUUUCCCAUCAUUAGUGUGGAGGUUAAAGGUCGAGAGGUCUACCUGAAACAGGAGAGGUACCUCAAAGGGGCAGAUCCUGCAAAGAAUUCAAGUUUCCUUUGGCAAGUGCCUUUGACCUACAUCACCAGCAGCUCAAGCUCUGUCCAGCGCUUUCUGCUAAAAAAUAGAAAAGAUGUGUUAUAUCUGCCAGCGGAAGUAGAGUGGAUUAAAUUUAACGUGGACAUGCGAGGGUAUUAUAUUGUCCAUUACGAGGCUGGGGGCUGGGAUGCUUUGAUCAGACAGCUUCAGCGGAAUCACGCAGUGUUCAGCGGAAAUGACCGAGCCAGUCUCAUCCACAACAUCUUCCAGCUGGUCAGCAUUGGAAAGGUCCCUCUGAACAAGGCCCUGAGUCUGAGCCUGUAUCUGAGGUACGAGACUGAGAUCAUGCCAGUGAUGCAGGGCUUCAGUGAACUGGUGCCUCUCUACAAACUCAUGGAGAAGAGAGAUAUGGCAGCACUAGAGCACCAGCUGAAGAGCUACUUAGUGAAUCUGUUCCAGAGACUGAUUGAUGCCCAGAGAUGGAGUGAUGAAGGCUCAGUGUCAGAGAGGAUGUUGCGCAACUAUUUGCUACUUUUUGCCUGUGUACGCCGCUACGAACCCUGCGUCCGCACUGCCCAGGAGCUCUUCCAGAAGUGGAAGGAGUCAGAUGGCAAGAUGAGGUUGCCUGCUGACGUUCGUUUGGUGGUUUACACUGAGGGGGCACGGACAGAGAAAGGCUGGGACUUCCUCUUGGAAAAGUACCGUCAAACCUUGUAUCCUUCUGAGAAGAGUCAAAUCAAAGCAGCGCUGUCCUACAGCCCGCUGACAGACAAGCUAAAGUGGCUGAUAGAGAGGGGUUUAGAGGGAGACAUCUUGAAGACCCAUGAGCUACCAUCUCUUGUCAUUAGUGUCAGUAAAAACCCAAAAGCCUACAAACUGGCCUGGGACUUCCUGAGGUCCAACUGGCAGAAACUGGUAAAAAAGUUUGAUCUUGGUUCUUCCUCUAUCUCACGCAUGGUUGUUGGGGUGACCAAUCAGUACUCAACCAGGGAAAAACUCGUGGAGGUACAGUUAUUCUUUAGUUCACUGGAACAGGGCAUGGGUGCAGGAUUGCGCAGUGUCCAGCAGGCCCUGGAGAACAUAGAGGAGAACAUCCGCUGGAUGGAGAAGAAUGUUCCACUUCUCACAGACUGGCUCAACAGCCACAGCACCUGACUGAGGACACGGAACCACUGCUGAUUCUGCAAAGUUCAUGACACUCAUGGUAGUGUGUAACAAAAGUGAAGGAAUCCAAAAGUGCCUUUGGACUCCACUAUGCAAUGUGCUGAACAACUUUUGAUGUGACGUAACUGGAGAAUCCCGCAGGUUAUUAUGUUAUGUCAGCUGAUAAGCAUCGAGAUAAGAUUUUUUUCCAUGUUAUUUGUGUCAGGUUAUUCCCUUGUCUGAACAGUAAAAAAACCUUGAGAACCAACCUAAAGCUGAAACAUCUGCCCUUUAUCUGAUGGCUCAGAUCCAGUCAGAACAAUGAACUGCAACUCAUAUGCUAGCGAUGUAAAUUUAGGUUAAGGCCCUGAACUGAAGUUUCUCCAGAUGCUAAAAUACUAGAUCCAACUGCCUAAAUAUAUUCCUUAAUGUAUGCCUGUCAACCUGAUCAUCAGCGCAGUAUGUACAAGUCCCCAGCUGGACAAAUUCAUCCAUCCAGCAAGAGAGUUCAUGAGUUUACUUGUGUGCAAAAUGUUCCAUAAAACUCUGUAGGUACUUUCUUUUGCUUAUUUCAGAUUGCACUGUUUGUAACAAAACUACUGAUCUUAACUGGUAUUUUGCCAUUUUUGUCUUUUACAUUUGCAAUGUGCAAAGCACAGAAUUCAUCAAAAUAAAAGAAUUGGGGAAAAGCCUUAAAUGAAUUUUGUAAAAACAUUUUAUUUUUUCUAAUAAAAAUUUUAAAUCAAUCAUUCAUCAGGAAAUUCAGAAAAGACAUAAGAUUUGCAUAUUUACAGAUAUAAACGGAUUCUGAAAAACAAUGACAUUACAACAUUCACAGUCUUAAACAUUAUGAACUUAAAGCAGUUUGUACCCAAAUGAUUUUCCUGAGUCCCAAACAAAAAAAAAUCUAUUAAGUGAAAAUACAGCACAUUGCCGUUUCACCAGAAAACAGGAAUAUAAUUACGAAUAAAUAAGUUAACAGAUGAAAAUGAUGCAUUGGUUUAAAUCUAGAACAGCUAGAAUAUUCUAUACUCUUCAAAGAACCCCUGUAACCACAACAUGUAACAUUAUAAGAAACUGGAGUUGCUAAUGUCAACAGACACAUGGUUCUCUAAAAUUCAGAGGUGAACUUUGUCCCAUACUGACAAAAGCUGCUUUGACCACUUUAAAAAAACAAUAAAAGCACAAAGAACAAAAUAUGAUCGAGGCACCAGGAAUAUAAGUAAAUCUACUUGGAUUUACCCAUAUCCAGUAAUGAAGAUGGCCUCUCUCACAUACAGCAAGCCCUAAUGCUGCACCAACACACCAGAUCUUGGCCACACUACUCUAUCCAAACGCUCUUUGUCCCUUUGGAAUGUAGCAUGGCCUGGCUUUCCAGACCCUCAUGCACGAGCAUCAUAAUCACUGACCAUCCUCUUGAUGUGGUUUAGCUUGGCCUUGAGAUACUUGCAUCUUCUCUUCUUCAUCUGGUAAUCAGCACUCUUUUGAUACAUUAACAAAAAAAAAAAAUCAAAAAAAAGUAAAUUAGUCUACAGGUCAUGUCACAUAAUGUCGCUAUAAUUUCACACAGUGAGGAGAAACACUUUUGCUUUUGAUGUUUAAUAUUCUUCUAGUGCAUAUAUCCAAUAUAGAUGUAAAAACAAUGCCUUUUGACUUUGUACUUCUAGAUAUGAACAACGCAAAACUCCUCAGCUAAAAAAGAAGCAUCCAAAAAAAAAAAAGAUUAAAUUUGCACACAAGCAUUUGGACAAAUGAGAA